AUGGAGACUUAUGUUGGAAAGAAAUUAGCACCAGUGGACGUGCGACAUCAUUCGACAGUAGCCAUUAGCACGUUUUCCAGUAGUACAACUUCCCCAGUCCGUGGUCAAACAACCAUCACUGUGAUGCCACGUGGCCAACAGGCACCGUCGUUUUUCGUGAACACUUACAUCGUCCCACAAAUCACAGGACCAACUCCUCAAGCUCCUAUCGUGCCGGGACAAUGGAGGCAUAUUCAAAGCCCCUCCCUCGCUGAUCCGUUAUACCAUCUUCCUCAGGCAGUCGAUCUGUUGCUAGGGGCCGAUAUCUUGCCAAUGCUACUUCUCAAUGGAAAAGCCACAGGCAAGCCUGGCGAGCCCAUUGCCUUCGAGACUGUUUUCGGUUGGAUUUUGAUGGGACCUGUCGACAGAAAUGCUCAGUCAACUGUCACUGCUAUGUGUUUAUCUGUGGCUGAAACUCUUGAUUUGUCGAUCAGGCGUUUCUGGGAACUUGAAGAGUUACCUGUUGUUCGCCAUCUCAGUCCAGAUGAGCGUGCUGCCGAGGAAAUUUAUAAAAAGACAACAACUCGGCUGAGAACAGGACGAUUUAUGGUAUCUCUUCCAUUUCGGAAAGCAUCACCUCUGUUAGGUGAUUCAAAAUAUGUUGCCCUUCGCCGCUUCCAGGCACUCGAAAAUCGACUGAGCAAUGAUCCAAAAAUUCAACGCCAGUACGCAGACUUCAUACAAGAUUACCUGGACGCUGGUCACAUGGAGCUAGUUCCACUCGAAAACGCAGACAAUGUGUUUCAUUAUUAUAUUCCACAUCAUUGUGUACUUAGGCCGGACAGUAGCACCACCAAGCUUCGUGUCGUGUUCAAUGCUUCGUCUCGUACCAGUGCUGGGUGUUCCUUGAAUGAGAGCAUGUAUAUGGGUCCGAAACUUCAGCCCGACAUUCACAUUGUUCUUCUUCGUGCACGGUUGUGGAAAUAUGUAUUCAUGGCAGACAUCAAACAGAUGUAUCGGCAAAUUGUGGUGCGGCCUGCUGAUCGAGAUUACCUGCGAAUUUUCUGGAGCUUUUCGAAAAAUACCACAGUGCGGGAAUACCGUCUUUGUACGGUCACUUACGGCACAUCAGCGGCACCAUAUCAAGCUCUUCGUACAAUUCAGGAAUUGGCAAUCGUUGAUGGAAAAUUAUUUCCCAUCGCUGCGUCAAUACUCCUGAACGACACCUUCGUGGAUGAUAUUCUAACUGGAGCUAACACCGAAAAGGAUGCCUUUGAAUAUCAGUCACAACUUAUACAAUUGUGCUCAUUAGCCAAGUUUGAGCUCCGAAAAUGGGCCAGCAACAGUCAUAUUUUACACGCUGUUCCCGUAGAAGCUCAAGCAAUGUCUCCAGCACUUCUGUACAAUGACAAAAAUGAAUGUGAAUUAAAAAUACUUGGUUUGAAAUGGGAUCGGAGAGCUGACGUGUUUUCAUUUGAUACAAAACCAUCGGAAACUGACCGGACAAAGCGGUCAGUUCUCUUUGACAUUGACAGAGUUUUCGAUCCGUUAGGCUUGCUGUCUCCGAUCACGUUCUGGACAAAACACGUCAUGCAAUUUCUCUGGACCGCUGGUCUCAAAUGGGAUGAUAAAAUACCCACAGAUCUUGCUCAAUUGUGGACCCGAUAUCAAUCAGAACUGAAAUUGAUUGAAUCGAUCUCUAUCCCUCGUCGUAUAACGGUUGACGAGGCAACCACAAUGCAACUUCACGCUUUCUCGGAUAGCUCAGAAAAAGGUUACGCGGCGGCAGUUUACCUUCGAACACAAACAGCUACUUCAGCUUAUUAUCACCUUGUAACAAGUAAAUCCAAAGUCGCACCUCUCAAGAAGUCUACUAUACCAAGUCUUGAGCUGUGUGGAGCUGUAUUAGCCGCCAAAAUAUUACUUAACAAAUUAUUAGAUAUAAAAAGGACCAUAGUUAAUCAUCUAGCGAACAAAAAUUGA